AUGUUCAGUCGAUUGGCUCCCGGUCGGUCGUCUCGUACCUUCCGGUACAUGAUCAACCAAGAGUACCGCGCCAGCGGCUUGACCGGCAAGUACCAAAUGGACAAAUUCAAGGUCAACUCCUUCGAGCGAAUCGACCCCACCUUCGACGCCGUCUACAAUCCUCAGUCGAAGAAGAACAACAUGAAUCUCUUCGACACACCCAACACUUUCAAACUGAGAAAUGCCCAGUCGGAGCGAAAGACGCACGAUCCAGUCGGAUACAAGAAACUCGAAACUAUGCAGCUUAACUUCGGCCCUCAGCAUCCAGCUGCUCACGGAGUGUUGCGAUUGAUCCUCGAGCUCCACGGCGAAAACGUCAUGCGAUGCGACCCUCAUAUCGGCCUCCUCCACCGAGGAACUGAGAAGCUCAUCGAAUACAAAACCUACAACCAGGCGCUUCCCUACUUCGACCGACUUGACUACUGCUCGAUGAUGGUCAACGAACAGUGCUUCUCCCUCGCUGUCGAGAAAUUGUGCAAUAUCGAGGUUCCCCUCCGAGCCAAAUACAUCCGAACGAUGUUCGCCGAAAUCACUCGAAUCUUGAACCACACCGUUUUCGUCGGCUGUGGUGCUCUCGAUCUCGGCGCCAUGACUCCUUUCUUCUGGCUCUUCGAAGAAAGAGAGAAGCUUUACGAAUUCUAUGAGCGAGUCUGUGGAGCUCGAAUGCACGCUGCUUAUGUCCGACCAGGUGGUGUCAACUUGGAUCUGCCAAUCGGUCUUUGCGACGAUAUCUACGACUGGGCCAAACGAUACUCUUCUCGACUCGAUGAAGUCGAAGAAAUGCUGACAGAAAACCGAGUCUGGAGAGCGCGAAACGUCGACGUCGGCAUUGUAUCCUACGAUUCUGCCCAGGAGUGGGGCUUCUCUGGCUGCAUGCUUCGUGGAUCUGGAAUCAAGUGGGAUAUCCGAAAGGUCGCUCCUUAUGAUGCUUACGAUUUGGUGGAGUUUGACGUGCCAAUUGGAACUAGAGGCGAUUGCUUUGACAGAUAUCUUUGCCGAAUGGAAGAGAUGAGAGAGUCUAUCCGAAUCAUUCACCAGUGCUUGAAUCAAAUGCCAGAAGGCGACAUCAAAGCUGACGACAGAAAGUUCACUCCACCAAACCGACUCUCGAUGAAGAACGAUAUGGAAGCAGUCAUUCAUCACUUCAAAUUCUGGACUGAAGGUUACCAAGUGCCUCCCGGAGCUACUUACACUGCUGUUGAAGCGCCCAAGGGUGAAUUUGGCGUGUACCUUGUCUCUGACGGAACUUCUCGACCUUACAGAUGCAAAAUCAAGGCUCCCGGCUUCGCUCACUUGGGUGCUAUCGAUCACGUGGCCACUGGAAACAACUUACCCGAUAUUUGCGGCAUUGUCGGAACUAUGGACUUGGUGUUUGGAGAAAUUGAUCGUUAA